AUGGCCUCUGCUACUCCAUAUUUGAACGCUGUUUCUACUCGUCGUACUAUUUACUCUUUGAAACCACAAUUACCAGCUGGUGUGUCUAUUCAAGAUGUUCAAAGCACUAUUCAAACUGUUGUUAAGGACACCCCAACCAGUUUCAACUCUCAAUCAGUCCGUGCUGUUAUUUUAACUGGUGAAUCUCACAAGAAAGCUUGGGAUCAUGUUGUUAAGUCUUUGCCAGAAGGUGAUGCUCAAAUGAGACCAAAAUCUAUCAGAGAUGAAGCUUAUGGUAGUGUCAUCUUCUUCUCUGAUGGUCCAACUGUUGCCAAAUUACAAGAAGGUUUCCCAGCUUACAGUGCCUUAUUCCCACAAUGGGCUGACCACUCUAACGGUGCUGCUCAAAUCCAUUCCUGGACUGCUUUGGAAUUACAAGGUUUAGGUUGUCAUUUGCAACAUUACAACCCAUUUGUUCAAGCUGCUUUACCAUCCGACAUCCCAGCUGACUGGACUGUUCAAGCUCAAUUAGUCUUCGGUGCCCCAGCCGGUGCUGCUGGUGAAAAGACUUUCAUUGAAAACCCAGUCAAGACCUAUAAAUAA